CUGACGCUAGACCAUACGCAGUGUCUACCACAGCGAGCCAGUGGACGGAAACCCUUCUUUUCCAGUCUGCAGAUAUGAGUCGCACAGUGAAGGUGCGUCAAUGGUUUGGUGUUUGGUGCUGUGAAUUGGCGAGGGAGGAAGAAAAUGAAGGUGGGCGGGGGAGUAGUGAUUGGUGGUCCAUGUACCACUGCACUCCCCACACUACUUGUUCGCCGCAGCAGAGCUGUUCUGGCGAGCUCUCCUACUUCCUUAUCUUCGGACCAUAUAUCAUUCAUCAAAGAUAUAGCUGCAAUUCGACCUCCUGACUAUCUACAAUAUUUGUUGAAAAUGCUUCAAAUAAGAGGUGACAGAAUUAUCUCUCCUGGAGCUCGGCAAGGGUUGAUUCCCCUUGCUAUUCCACUAUCAGAAAACCAUUCAGGUGCUUUAACUGCAUUAUUGCGGUGGCCAACAGCUCCAUCUGGGAUGGAGAUGCCAGUUGUGGAAGUUCGUAAGCAUGGAGUAUGGCUUUUAGCCAAGAAUGUGGACCAAUAUAUUCAUAGAAUGCUGGUGGAAGAAGAGGCCAACUGCUCAGAAAGUAAUGGUGAACUAUUUGCUGCUUCCUCAGAGGCUGGUAAGAAACUUUACAGAAGGGGCGACUUCUCCGAAUCUAAGACUGCAAAUCUUGACAUCUAUCUUUUGAAGAAGGUUGGUCUGUUUCCUGAUGUCUUAGAACGUAAGGUAAUGCAGCACUUUGAGAAUGGGGACCAGGUUUCUGCAUUGGUGACUGGGGAGUUCUAUACAAAGAAGGAGCAUUUUCCAGGAUUUGGGCGGCCUUUUGUGUUUAAUGCAGAGGUUUUACUGAAGUUCGUAGUCUUGUCUCAGGUUGGGCGUAAGCUAGAAGCGAAAGAUGCUGCAAGGGGGUCUUUGAAAUCACCAUGGUGGACGUUGGGUUGCAAAUACAAGGAAGUUGCAGAAAUUGCAGGAUGGGAGGAUGAGCAAAUUGAGUACAUAAAGGAAAAAGUGUCAGAAGAGGGUAAGCUGGAAGAUUUGAAAAAGGGGAAGGCACCUGCUCAGGUUGCAUUGGAUGAAGCCGCAUUUUUGUUGGAUUUGGCGUCAGUUGAGGGGACCUGGACUGACUCCGUGGAGCGAAUUGCAGAUUGUUAUAAGGAGGCUGGACUCCAUGAUAUUGCAAGAUUGAUUCUUUAUAGAGAUUGAGUUGAUGAGAGCCUGUCAUACCAGAUCAAGAAAUUGAUCAGGAGCAUUUUAAAUUUUUUCCCCCCCUUCCAGUUUUGGAUGUUCUUCUGUUUCAAUUCUACUUCAGAAAAAUGGAGAGAGAUGGUCUUUUAAAUUGGUCAUAAAAUACAAAUUGACGAAUAGUCUUGUUACCCCACUAGAAUGGGAUACAGUUUCAGAUCUUUGUUGUAAUUGAA